AUUUCUGUUUCAGUGUUAAUACUUUGGAUUUCUGUAUGUGUGCACAAAUUGUAUACUACCCUUAUUUCCCACAAACUCCACAUUAGUUUGAAGAUGGAUUAUCCUAGUUACGUGUAAGCUAUCCGAUUAGGCUGAAGCAACUGCUGAUGUGGUGAGAGAAUCCGGAGAGACGACCAGCCAUGACCUCUCUGGGGAGCAGCAGUUCCUCAACCACAGAAUACACUGUGCGAGUUCCCAAAAACACUAGCAAAAAGUACAACAUCAUGGCUUUCAAUGCAGGAGACAGAGUCAACUGUUCAACUUGGACACAGGCUCGUAUGGAAAGAGACAUGAGUGCUCGGCGGAUAUACGGGGAGGAAGAGAUGCCGGAAGGUGCAGCUGGCAGCGAGUUUGGCAAAAAGCAGCGUGAGGAAGCACGGCGGAAGAAGUUUGGUAUUGUGACACGAGAGUUCAAAGCAGAGGACCAGCCCUGGCUGCUCAAGGUCAAUGGCAAGGCUGGCAAGAGGUUCAAAGGUCAAAAGAAGGGAGGUGUUACAGAAAAUGCAUCCUACUACAUCUUCACACAGUGUCCUGAUGGAGCUUUUGAGGCCUUCCCUGUCCACGGCUGGUACAACUUCACGCCGCUGGCCAAGCACCGAACUCUCACUGCCGAGGAGGCUGAGGAGGAGUGGGGCCGAAGGAACAAGGUGGUGAAUCACUUCAGCAUUAUGCUUCAGAAACGUUUCCGGGAGCAGGAGCGUGGUGACGAUGAGGAAGAUGAGUCUGAGAAGUCGGGGAAGAAGAAAAAGAAGGCGGGUGGGAGAGGGGGCGACCUGCGCAUCCACGACCUGGAUGACGACCUGGAGAUGAGCAGCGAUGACAGUGACAGCAGUAUGGGGGAUGACGGAGAGAGCAAAACGAAGACCAAGAAUAACACGGGGAAAGGAAAAGGAAAGAAGAAGAAGAAGAGGAAGAGCACUGAAGAGGCCUUGGAGGACAGCGAUGACGGGGACUACGAGGGUCUAGAGGUGGAUUACAUGUCAGAUGAAAGCAGUUCAGAGGACGAGCCAGAAAAAGGAAAACCCAACAAAGGAGAAGACCUCCCUAAAGGGAUUGAUGAGGCAUCUGAAAGCGAGGAAGAAAGCGAGGAGGAAAAGCCGAAUGAAGAGGAAGCAAAAGAAGAAGAAGAAGAAGAGGAAGGAAAGAAAACCCCGGUUCAGUUGGAAAAGAAGAAGAAAAAAGACAGCAGCGGCGAGUCGGACAGCUCGGACGACAGCGACAUCGAGGGAGAGACGGCCUCAGCUCUGUUCAUGAAGAAGCGCACGCCUCCUAAACGUGGAGGUGGGCGUGGAUCUGCCGGCAGCUCCAGGACUGGCAGUCGCCCAGGGACACCAUCCAUAGACUCUGCCUCCACCUCCAAUACGCUACGUGCUGCUGCCAGCAAACUAGAGCAAGGUAAGAGACAGACUCAGGGUCCUGCCACUGACUCACCAGCUGCCAAAAGACUGAAGAUGGAGCCCAGCAGUCAGAGCCCUGGUCCUUCUGGGAAGAGUACACCUCAACCCCCAUCAGGCAAAUCCACUCCAAGCUCAAGUGAUGUGCAGCUUACAGAAGAAGCAGUCCGACGGUACCUGAUCCGUAAACCGAUGACCACUAAAGACCUGCUGAAGAAGUUCCAGACCAAGCGAACAGGUCUGAGCAGUGAGCAGACUGUCAACGUGCUGGCACAGAUCCUGAAGCGCCUCAAUCCGGAGCGCAAGAACGUCAACGACAAAAUGCACUUCUACCUUACUGAAUAACAGCGAGGGAUGGAGUGGCAGGGGUGGAGAGGACGGAGAAAAGAACGACGGGCUGAAACUCUUCAGCUGAAAGAUUUUGUUGUUAUUUCAGAGAAGCCUGAGCCCUUGGAAAGAGACGCCUUGUGUCCGUUUUAAAACAGGCAGGUAUCAGAUGUUUUCACAGGUACACAUUUAUAAAAACUUGUUUUUGUUAAGCAUCUCAAAUUUCUUUUCCAAUGUCUGGAAUAUCACACCAAACAACAGAAAAACGGCUCAAUCUCUGAAGGCUCUGAAGUGAUUUGUUUUUCUUAGGAUGGAACUUUUCUAAUAAAUCUUAAAAGCUG